AGUUAAAACCCCAGACUCACUCGAGCAUUACUGUGCCAAUACUGAAAAAUGUCCGCCGCCAGGUCCGUCCUCCGGUCAGCCGCUUCCCGAGCCACCGCUGCCGCCAGGCUAAACGCCGGACCCAAGACCGUGCCCCGACCCCUCCGCUCCCCUUUCGGGAUCUCCAAGCAGUCCCCGCUCUCUAAUCGCAUUUUCAGGGCACCUGUGGAAAUGAGCUCCUGUGUGGAAACGAUGCUGCCGUAUCACACUGCCACUGCUUCCGCUUUGCUCACAUCGAUGCUUUCAGUUUCAGGCCGGAGCUCCGGUUGGACUCUUGAUGAUUGCAAUGAUGAUGUGUGAUGAAUAUCAGACAGUUCGGGCAAAGUUUUGAUACAUACACUCUAUGCCAACAAGGUGGUUCCUGAUCGGUGUGGUUAUGAUCAAGCAUGCUUUUGGAGAUUAUCUUUGUCACCUUUAAUCUUGUCAUCUGUAAACAAAAGAGUUUCUAAUACUCUGCACACAAAUUUUCUUUUGUUGUAGAUGGAUGAUUGUGGUUGCGAUGAAGUUCAUUUGUCCAUCUCCAUGAAUUUUUAUUGGGUAUUUAGGACUCAAAGUAUUUUAUCUCCUCGCUCAAAUCUGAAAAAGCAAUGCUAUUCAAUAUUUGUUACAAGGUUGUUUGAAAGUUGCUUAUUGGGUGGUAGAUUAGUACUGAUUGUAACUGGGUUGAUUUCUGCUUUUUAAAAACAGAAGUUACAUAAAAAAUUCUCAGAUUG